AUGAGUACCAUGACUCUCUCAUGUGAACCGGCGACGACCUUGCUACAUUUGGCGUCCGGAAACGGGCCGGUGACCCGUCUCAUCCUUCAGAAUCCGCUCCGCGAUGCUCUUCCCACCGAGAUCCCAGUCAUCGACGUCUCGCUAGCUUUCAGUUCCGAGCUCACAGACCGACGGUCCGUAGCACAGCAGAUCCGGGAGGCUGCCAUGACUUCCGGCUUCUUCUACGUGACCAACCACGGUAUCGCCUCUUCAGUCACCGAUUCUGCUCAUGCUGCCUGCCUAGAAUACUUCCGCCAGGAUGAAGAGACCAAGAUGCGCUCAUGGGUCGGCAACAGUCGCUAUUUCAACGGCUACAAGCCCCCUGGAUCCCAGCGGAUCAACAAGUCAGAAAGCGUCGAUGUCCGUGAGUCUUUCAGCUGGACCUACGACCCUCGCCAUGAUCCCGCCGUGGCCGACGUUGAAGCCAUUCCAGAAGAGGCGAGACGGCUUUUGCGGAUUGAAGACUUUCACUGGGAUGGCACCGCCAAUAAGCCGCACUUCAAAGAAGCUAUCAUUCGGUACUGGCAAUCCUGUUUGAAGCUCGCCCACGUGCUGGUUCGUUCCUUUGCGCUGUCUCUCGACCUGCCUGAGGAUUACUUUGACGCAAAGUUCGCGUACCCCGAUGCAGCGUUAGCACUGAAUUACUACCCUCCUCUCCUCAGCUCCUCGGCCGCUGUCGAUUCAGACACCAGCAAAAUAGUUUCCAUAGGCUCACACACAGACUUUCAGCUUUUCACCAUCCUAUGGCAAGACUCAGUAGGGGGUUUACAGGUGUUGAAUCGCCAGGGGCAAUGGAUUAGGGCAACACCGAUUCCGGGAACAUUCGUCGUCAACAUUGCCGACUACCUACAACGCAUCACAAAUGACCUCUACGUCAGCACAGUGCAUCGGGCCCAAAACUUGAGUGGAGAGGAGCGCAUCAGUAUGCCCUUCUUUUUCGGUUUUGGACUGCACGAGAGCUGCGGUGUCAUUGACACGUGCGUGGAGGAAGGGGAGAAGCCAAAAUACGAAGAGAUUGGUUGCGAAGCUUGGGUCCAACGGAGAGCUCGGGCGAUGCACCAGAUAGAGUCUGAUGACGAAAAUGACCGUGCUCAGUGA